GGGGCUUGGUAAAGCAUGUAAAUUACUCAUCUUUGUGAAGUUGAAGGGUUUUUGCAAUGAGUUCCUAAAGAGGCCAUAUUAGCACCUGGAUAUAUUUUUAAUACCUUUAAAAUGCCCAAGAGUGAGUCUAGAUCACGUUCAAGAAGUAAGAGUGGCAGCCCGCGCCGGAAACACAAGAAAGAGCGCAGUUAUCGCCGGCGAACGAGAAGUCGUUCUCCCAGCGCGACGCCAUCAUCAACCAAGAGAAAAAGUCGGGAUCGAUCACCUCGGCGCCGCUCUCGAUCACCACGCAGGAAGAAGAGAUAUUCGAGAAGUAGAUCUCGCUCUCCCAGUGUUGAUCGAUUUGGCCGUUCUAUAGUGAAAAGAAAAGAGGACGAUCCUGGCUCGAAACGAAAAGAGGAAGAAGAACGAUUACAGGAGAUGGAACGACAGAGAAAAAUUCGAGCCACUGAGAAAGAAAAGAUGAUGAUUGAGGAAGAAACUCAAAAACGAGUUGAAGAUCUUGUUGCUAAGAGAGUGGAGGAAGAACUUGCAAAAAGAAAAGAUGAAAUUGAUGCUGAAGUCAUGAAGAGAGUAGAGGAAGCUAAAAGAGUGAUGGAGAAGCAGAUGGUGGAAGAAUUUGAAAAAAGGCGUCAGGAGCAAAUCGAAGAACAACAAGUGAAAGAGGAGGAGGAACGUCGUAAAAUUACUCUGCUAGAGAGCAAAGUUGAUGAACUCCAAUUAAGACUAACUGAAGCGAAUCAAAAGUUGGCAGAAGAACGUUUACAAAUGGUGGAAGAAAGAAGAACAUUAACUGAACAGAAAAUGUCUUUGGAACGAGAGAUCAAGAAGCAAGAAAAGGCUGCCCAAGACCUAAUUCUAAACAAAAACAGAAACAACAGGCAGAAACUUGCUUUUGGAUUCAAGCCAAAGGGAGCCUUAUAAAGGACACCACCAGCUGAUAAAGGGUAUCCCAGUCACGCUGUGCUGCAGUCAACUUCAUUUCUUUUUUUUUGGUUUGAAAAUGACAUUGGUGGUUUGGUGUAGCAGAUGGUACCAGUGUAUGCUGUCCAAUGGAAGGAUAGCUUUCAUGCAAGGCAUGGUAUUUCAAAUUGUUUUGGAAAUCUAUUUCUGGCCUUCUGCCCAUUCCUCCUCUUAUUUAUUCUCCUUCUUAUUUUCAAGGGGCUAGUUAGGUCAUGUUUUAUCGGGAAAUCUUUUCAUCUUUGGGUUAGUAGUCUGUCAGAUCAUAUUGUUUGCAAAAUUUAUAGCCACAUGACGGAAAAUAUGAUACCUGGUGGCCAAGAAUGACUUUUCACUGUCAGGGUAAAAAAACUAGGAACUUGUUAAAUGUUCAACCUACUUUGUCAAGGAAAAUCAAUCCAGAGAUAAGGAAAUGUAUGCAUUCCAGGAAAUCCUAAAAUGAUACAACUUUUGGUGCUUACAGUGCAGUUUUUUCCACAUCUAACUGGCUUUUUCUUUUCAUCACCAUUACAACGUGACAAAAAUGUUUCUGUUGUUCCCAAUUCCUUGGUUUUAACAGUGAUGCUAACAUAUCCAAAUGCCACAUUCUUGAAUCAUGCAUUUUUAUUAUCCAUGUUUCUCUUUGACAUUUCUCUAUUGCUGUUAAAUGUUUUUGUAAUUACAAAUAAUUUUUUGAAAUACGACUAAAUUUCAUAACCAGUCGGUGACUGGUGAAGUUACUUAAAAAUUGACAACCCAGCCUCAUGACUACCUCUGAAGAAAAUUUGUCUCUUUUCUGCCUUUAAUUUCUUUGUUUGUUUGUUUUUUUGUACUUUUUGCCUUUCAUUGUAAAUUCUUUUGUUCCUCUCCUCCCUUAAAAUUUUGUAGAUAAGCCAUCUCAAUAAAAUUGAUUAUAUUGUUA